AUGUGGUCCAACAACAGUGAUGGUCCCUUCUUGCUGACUGGCUUCCUGGGCUUGGAAGCUCUUCACCACUGGAUCUCUAUCCCUUUCUUUGUCAUCUACUUCUCCAUCAUCUUAGGGAAUGGUACACUUCUCUUCAUCAUUUGGAACGACCACAGCCUUCAUGAGCCCAUGUACUACUUCUUGGCUGUGCUGGCCAGUACAGACCUUGGGAUGACUCUAAUCACUAUGCCCACAGUGCUGGCUGUCCUAGUGCUGAACCAGAGGGAGAUUGCACAUGGGGCCUGUUUUAUUCAGUCCUAUUUCAUCCACUCACUAGCACUGGUAGAGUCAGGGGUCUUGCUUGCCAUGUCUUAUGAUCGCUUUGUUGCCAUCUGUACACCCCUCCAUUACAACUCUAUCCUUACGAAUUCUAGGGUGAUGAAAAUAGCACUAGGGGUUCUGAUGAGAGGUUUUGUAAUAAUUGUGCCCCCAAUCAUGACUCUCUUUUGGUUCCCAUACUGCCAUUCCCAUGUGCUUUCUCAUGCCUUCUGCCUCCACCAAGACGUCAUGAAACUUGCAUGUGCUGACAUUACCUUUAACCGUGUGUACCCGGUUGUUUUGGUUGCCCCGACUUUCUUCCUUGAUGCAUUGAUCAUCGCCUUUUCUUAUGUCGUCAUUCUGAAGACAGUAAUGGGCAUUGCCUCUGGAGAGGAGAGAGCAAAAGCUCUCAACACCUGUGUCUCCCACAUUAGCUGUGUCCUGGUCUUUUACAUCACUGUGAUUGGCCUGACCUUCAUCCACAGGUUUGGUAAGCAUGCCCCACGUGUGGUGCACGUUACCAUGAGCUAUGUCUACUUUCUCUUUCCUCCGUUAAUGAACCCCAUCAUUUAUAGCAUUAAGACCAAGCAGUUUCAGAGGAGCAUCCUCCGUCUAGUGUCUGUUUGA